AGUGCGACGCGAAAGUGUUGUUGAUUUGCAUGGGACUCCUACCCACGUAACUUAACAGAGAUGUUGGUGAAACUCCUGGAGGCUCUUGAUAUUCUUAUUAAACCUGUUGCAGAGUCUGGCAUCAGCGAUGUGCAUACAACAGAAAAGGAGGCCUUGCUGAGAACUCUGCAGGCCAACAUUGUGCUUCUGGGUGAGAGGCUUCGCAGUGACCCUGCGUGCCAAGAGCUUGGCCGCCUCAGGUCUCAGGUGACAGAAGAGGCGAGCUGGUGUGAAAGCUCACAGGAUGUCACCUGGAACUUCGUGCUGGAGUGCCUGGUCCUUCUGCAGAGCCUCAAGCGCUGCCUCACCAAACUCUUGGAGUCAUUCAAUCCCACAAAGCCUAACUCGAGGACCCCUGAGGCUGCCCCUCCUUUGCCUCCUGAUGUCUUGAGCAUUGCGCAGCAGAAGACGGUUUGCUGCGCCUUGCAGUUUGUGGUCACCCUGGGCAUCUGCCCCUACCUUUUGCCCGGGGUUGGCGUCCCUCUAAGCCGGCGCUCUGCCUUCGGAGCGGCUGUGGAGAGCGCGCUGCAACGAGACGUCCCCCCCGACGGCACGCGCAGGCUGUUCGUGUCCUGCACCGCGCUGUUGGAGGUGGCUGAACUCUGCUCACUGGGCACCAUGCUCUUCACCCGUCACUUGGGUGAUAUCCUGGCUGGGCUGUGCCAGCUGGGAUAUUGCCCCAGCAGGUCUAAGGCCGAGCUGGCUGUUGUCACUGAGCAAGGAAAGGUAAUGUCGGGAGUUAGUAUGGAAGAACGCAGGAAUUGUAAAAGAGCACUACAGGGGCUUCUGGGAAAAGUUUACCAGCCAAUCAUCAUUAAGGAGCUCCUGAUCCUGCAAGGUGGCCCAAAACAAGCGAAGCAGAGUCCCGGAGGUGUCUCCAAGCAGGCCUUGGCGCAGGCUCCCGCUUGGCUAAGGCGCCUCUGUGGGCAGCUGCUUUCUGAGAGGCUCAUGCAGCCCAGUGGAGUUCAGGCCAUAGUCCGAGGGAUUCUAGAAGGAGCUGGAGCGGGGUCAGAUGGGGGAAGGGAAGCAGACUGGAGAAAGUGUGACACAGUGGCCAGGAUCCUGUCCACCUGCCCCCAGCAGUCUCUGUCUGCAGAUGAGUACUACAGACUGGUGUGCCCCCAGGUCCUGGAGCUUCUUCACAUGCAAGCUAAGCUGACAGCCUUGCAGUUCCAGCGUGUGGCGACCACCACAGUGCUCACCAUGGUCCAGGAGCAGCCCCAGCUUGCAGAGAAGUACCUCCUUGCCCACCUCCUGAACCCCCUGGUCAGCUGCCUGAGCCUCACAGACAAUAAUUGUGGCACACCAGUUGUGGAGGAGUCUGACCUGACCCGAUGCAUUGAAGAUAUUUAUAAGGUUUGUGUUGUUGGGAAUAGACCCCUUCCGGCUCUGAUGAUGUCCCUUGGAAGUGUUAUUCCUGUAAUUUUUUCUCUGUAUUGUUUUACCAAACAAAAUGCAUCUCAUUUACGCUCCCCUUGUCAUGAGAUCCUGCUGUGGUACUUCUCUAAAACGACGGACUCUGUCGUGGCAAUUUCUUCACUGAAGCAGCUGAGCGGUUUGAACAGGCAGCCGGGAAACGAGCCUCCUCUGUACCAGUUCUCUCCCGGGAGUGAAGGAGGAGCUGUGGUCGGCCUGCGAGAGCCUAUCUGCGAUGAAGACGAGGCCUUGUACGAGAAGGUGUCCUCUGAGCAGUGGCGAGUGGAGUGCUUCGUGGACCUGCUGGCCAGCCUACAGGACAGCAGUCUGCCUGGGGACUACUUCAUCGAGCUGCUGAAGGAGUUGACAACCUGGGUGGAGGAGGAAGAGGAAGAGGCCGCAUCCACAUUAAACAUGAGCCUCCUGGAGCUGGAGCAGUACCAAGAGCAACAAACAGCCAAACAAGAGCAGAAGCUCCUGAUAUUGCAGGUCCUGGCAGUUAUGUGUGAGAGACUCUCCCACACACUGCUGCGCAACCCAAUUCAGGUGGUGGAGUUCAUUGCCGCCAUGCUGCAGAGGGUCUGUGCCUGCCUGGACAGAGAAAUUGAGGGGACUGUGGAGACCCAGUCACUCAGCAUGGCCAUGGGGCUUGUGGCAACCAUGCUGGCUGGAGCUGCUACGCUGGAAUCGGAAGAUUACGCUGCAAUGAAAGUCCUGCUACCACUGUUACACCACGUAUCCCAGCAGCACCCUGAGCCGGUAGUCCAGGAGUUGGCUGCAGACCUGCGUGCCACCAUCGCCACUCACGGCGCCUUUUCCACAGAGGCCGUGCUCAGGGCAGCUCAGAGCGCCUCAGGCUCCACCGCGGGCAUCGCUGCCGACCGCGGCGGCCGCAGGGACAGACCCCCAGCGGGCGGGAGAGAGGCCGACACGGUGACGCGCUCAAGAGCACAGGGCUGCUCCGUGGUGACCACUGAGGUUGAGGAAUCGCCUGCAGGUGAGAAAAGUCCAACAGAUGGAGGCCGGAUCACAGGGACAGAGGGUGGGACAGCACAACAUGACCGACUCCCCUCGGAUCCUGCGGGCCAGCGAGGGUCCAGAAUCGGCCGCAGUGAUACCACUCCUUUACAGCCAAGCAAACCUUUCUCAGAGUGUCUUCUGGAAGCCUUCGAUCCAGAUGUUCCAACCAGAGCUCUUGCCUUAAGGACGUUGGCUCGCAUGAUUCAGGACAGAGAUUCCCAGGCCCUGGGUUUUCAGGAUAAAAUUCUCACAGUGUUUUUGGAGAAUUUGGAACACGAGGACUCCUUUGUGUAUCUAUCAGCAAUUCAAGGUCUAACGGUGCUGGCAGAUGUGUUUCCAGACCAGAUUUUACAGAGGCUGCUUGAUGAGUAUCGGGAAAGCCCUCCGGAGGUGAAGAAACAUCGCUCUCUUGAGACCAGACUGAAGGUUGGGGAAGUUCUGAUGAGGGCCAGCAGGGCGCUAGGUGACCUGACGUGCCAUUAUGCAGGUCCCCUGAUUCACGUUUUCCUGAGAGCGACGCGGGAUGAAGACAGCUCCAUCCGAGCCAGCAGUCUGUCGAACCUGGGUGAGCUGUCCCAGAGGCUCAACUUUGCUCUGGGGCCUUUGGUUCAUGAGUUGUGUUCGUGUUUAACUGCAAUCAUUAGGACAGAUGGGGAGGCCGAAGUGCGUAGAGCAGGUGUUCAUGUCAUUGCCCUUCUCCUGAGAGGACUGAGUAACAGGGCCACAGAGGUCCUGAAGGACGUGCUCCGGGAUCUGUACCGCACUCUGAAGUUCGUAGUGCAGAAUGACCGUGAUGAGGUCGCUGUCCUCCACGCCCAGCUGGCCCUGGAAGAGCUGGAUGAUGUCAUGCGGAGGUUCAUCUUCCCAGAGCAGAAACUGGAGAAGAAAAUUGUAGUUUUGCCGUAAAUAUCUGGACCACAUGCCGUCCUUUCGGAGCUGUUCGGAGCGGUUCUUCUUCUUGUGGCGAAGACUGUUGGUUGCCUGUGUCAUUUCCGGAGUUUCUUGGAAUGUGUUAGGAAGUUGAAGAGUCUAUGGUGUUUUUUUUUUCUUUUGCGGGGGUAAAAAAGGGAUUUCCCUAAACCAUUUUCCCCAGUGCUUGUGUGACUGCCAAGAGGCAAACUGACAUCUCCGCUUCCCUCAAUCUACCCCCAGACAAGCUACAGUACAGGGCUUUUCACAGUUUAGUCAGCAGGCUGAAACUAUCUCUCCACUUGCUUGUGUACAUAUAGGGUUUCAGAAAUUUUGGAAAACUGUGACAGGGUUGACAUCAGAAAAAAUGUUUUAUUAAUUUUAAUAAAAAAAUAUUCAGGAGUUUAA